AUGUGUCGAUGUGGAGUGAUUCGCCAUCAAGAAUGGCGCCAGCCACAAAAUGCAUCCAUCUCUUCGCGUCCGAUAUCAAAGCCCUCAAGUCGUCUUGGCAACGACAGUUUCGAGUGGCGCUCGCCUCCAAACGGGGAUCUUGUCCAAGGCAUUGCCCCCUCGACGCGGAUUGACGUUGGCCUGUUGUUAGCCUCGCUUUCUCACACAGCACUAGGCCACGGAAACUGCAGACAUCUGUUCCGUCGUCAAGCGUCUGUUGCGAAGAGUCGACAGUGCCUGUUGUUGGGCUGUAUACAGACGCACAAAUGUCCAAAUGCAAUCUUGCGGACAGGGCCCUUUGAGACUGGCAGGGUUGAGAGCUGA